AUGGCAGAUAAAGAAGUUUCAGGACCAAACGCUUCGAUCCGCAUGGAUGAAGACGUUGAGGCCAGCAAAGAACAUUUCUCUUCCGACCAAUCAAUUCAACAAGGGACGCUUGACCCUGCGUUGAACGCCGCCCUGGUCAGGAAGCAAGACUACAGAAUCAUCCCUCUGGCUGCCGGCAUCUACCUGCUCUGCUAUCUGGAUCGCUCCAAUAUCGGCAAUGCCAAGGUUCUGAAUGCCACAACUCACGAUGACCUUCUCUCGGAGACGAACAUGACGAACUACGAGUUCACCAUCGCACUGAUGGUGUUCCUGAUUGCUUAUGCUCUCUUCGAAGUUCCGUCCAACUACUUCCUCAAGAAGAUGAGACCCAGCCGAUGGAUAGCCUUCUUGAUGUUGUCAUGGGGUGCUAUCACCAUGGGCUUGGCUGGAACUCACAACUAUGCCUCCGUCACAGUUGUGCGAUUCCUCCUUGGCGUAUUCGAAGCUGGCCUCUUCCCCGGACUUGUAUACUACCUGACCUUCUGGUAUCGGACUGAAGAGCGGUCUAUCCGGGUAGCUGCCAUCCUUGCCUCUGCAACUCUCGCGGGUGCCUUCGGCGGCGCGAUUGCCUAUGGUGUUGGUCACAUGAAUCAGACGCAGGGCAUGUCUGCCUGGCGCUGGCUAUUCCUUCUCGAAGGUCUCCCGUCUGUGAUCUCUUCUGUCUUUGUCUGGUUCUUCCUGCCCGACUAUCCUGAGACCGCGUCUUGGCUCUCUACGGAGGAGAAGGACCUGGCAGCGCACCGACUGGCUGAGCAGGGCUCUCACGGCGGCAGCAAGUCGCUUACUUGGGCCGAGGCGAAGGAGACGCUGCUCGAAUGGCGGCUUUGGGCGCACUAUUGCAUCUACUUUGGCAUCUCGGCCCCGUUCUCCAGUCUGUCUCUGUUUACGCCAUCCAUCACCGCUGGCUUGGGGUAUGAGAACCUGGAGGCGCAGCUCAUGACCGUUCCUCCUUAUGCGGUCGCCUAUGUCGUCACCUUGGCCGUCUCGUGGUCCGCAGACCGACACAACGCUCGCGCCCUCCAUUCCGCCGUGUUCUCUGCCAUCGGAGCGGCUGGCUUCAUCGCCAGUGCUGCACUGCCCCCUACAAUGUACACGCAACGCUACGGCUGCCUCAUCGUCGCUGCAUCAGGCGCGUUCGCUUGCAUCCCGCCGCUCCUCGGCUGGCUGUCGUCCAACCUGCACACGACGGCGGCCAUUGGCCUGGCGAUCGCGCUGAACAUCUCCAUGGGCGCCCCGGGGCAGAUUGUCGGCGUCUGGAUCUACAAGGCCGACGAGGCGAAGAAGGGCUACCCCACGGGCCACUGGGUCAACGCGGGCCUGCUGCUGUUUGUCUCUGUGGGCUGUGUGCUGAUGCACUUCUACUAUGUCUGGAGGAACAAGAUGGCCAGGCAGUCCGGCACGCCUCUUUUCAAGUACUAG